AGGUUGGUACGGACGCCAAAGCUUGAGAGAAAGGGACUGCAUUUAAUCGCCCAGUCGAAGAAUUCGCAACUACUACCGUGUCUCGUUGUUUCACUUUCCUCCCCUUUUCAUCACUAAUAUGAUGUUGUCAUGAGGAAUGCACAGAAGGUUUACCUGGAUUAUUUGACAGCCAAGAACUGAAUAUUAUUUCAGCACGUCCCUCCCGGACAAGCACAGUUUUUCGCGUGCAGUUUUUUGGUGAUGCCUUUUGGAUCCUAGGCUAAAAGAAGCCAGAUCCACGUUUGCCCGCCUGCAUGUUGUCAGAAAGGUUAUUGGGUGUGUAGUGUAAUGUAACCAGGUAUCUGAAUAUUGCUCUCUGUGUUCUGCUACCUUCUUAUAAUUGGAUUGCACAUCAUAAGUUAAAGAUUUCUUCAUCUUCCGAACUCGGGUACUGUGGACUGGGAGAAAACAUGGGACUGCCUGCUCUGGAGUUUAGUGACUGCUAUCUGGACAGUCCCCAGUUCCGAGACAGAUUGAAGUCUCACGAACUAGAACUGGACAAGACCAAUAAGUUCAUCAAAGAGCUGAUCAAAGAUGGGAAGGCGCUCAUCCAAGCACUGAAAAAUCUGUCCACAGCCAAGAGGAAGUUUGCAGAGUCUCUCAAUGAGUUUAAGUUCCAGUGCAUAGGAGACGCAGAGACGGACGACGAGAUAUGUAUCGCAAAGUCUCUACAGGAGUUUGCUGGAGUUUUACAGAACCUGGAGGACGAGAGAACGCGGAUGAUUGAGAAUGCCGAUGAUGUGCUGAUCAUGCCACUGGAGCGGUUCAGGAAGGAGCAGAUCAGUGCUGCCAAGGAAGCCAAGAAGAAAUACGACAAAGAGACAGAGAAGUACUGCGCUGUCCUGGAAAAGCACCUAAGCCUAUCGGCAAAGAAGAAAGAAGCACAUCUUCAUGAAGCAGACAGUCAGGUGGACCACGUGCGGCAGCAUUUCUACGAGGUGUCUCUGGAGUACGUGUUCAAGGUGCAGGAGGUCCAGGAGAGGAAGAUGUUUGACUUCGUAGAGCCGUUGCUGGCAUUUCUUCAAGGGCUGUUUACUUACUAUCACCAUGGGUACGAGUUGGCCAAAGACUUCAACCACUUCAAGACAGACCUCACUAUCAGCAUUCAGAAUACGCGGAACCGUUUUGAAAGCACACGGUCUGAGGUGGAGUGUCUGAUGAGGAAGAUGAAGGAGAACCCCCAUGAGCACAAGAGUAUCAGCCAUGACACCAUGGAGGGAUACCUGUUUGUACAGGAGAAACGCUCUUUCGUGUCAACCUGGGUCAAGCACUACUGCACCUACCAUCGAGAGCCCAAACGAGUCACCAUGGUCCUGUUCGACCAGAAGUCCGGUGGCAAAGUGGGGGAGGAGGAGAGCUUCACUCUGAAGUCCUGCACAAGGCGGAAGACGGAUUCUAUAGAGAAGAGGUUCUGUUUCGACGUGGAGGCUGUAGACAGGCCAGGGGUGAUCACCAUGCAAGCUCUAUCGGAGGAAGACCGCAGGCUGUGGAUGGAAGCUAUGGAUGGGAGAGAACCGGUCUAUAACUUAAACAGAGACAGCCAGAGUGAAGGCCUGGCCCAGCUGGAUGUGGUUGGCUUCAACGUUGUGAAGAAGUUCAUCUACGCUGUGGAGACCAGAGGCAUUGACGAGCAGGGCCUGUACAGGAUUGUUGGAGUAAACUCCAGGGUGCAGAAACUCCUGGGUCUUGCCAUGGAUCCUAAAACCUGUGCUGACGUGGAGCUGGACAGUACAGAAUGGGAGAUCAAGACCAUCACCAGCGCAAUCAAGUACUACCUUAGAAUGCUGCCCGCGCCCCUUAUGACUUAUCAGUAUCAAAGGAGCUUCAUCAAGGCAGCCAAACUAGACAAUCAGGAGGCGAGGAUCACAGAGAUCCACAGCAUCAUCCACCGGCUCCCAGAGAAAAACCGCCAGAUGCUGGACCUGCUUACCAAACACUUGGCAAAUGUGGCCAGUCACCACCAGCAGAACCUGAUGACUGUGGCCAACCUGGGCGUGGUGUUCGGCCCCACUCUGCUGAGGCCCCAGGAGGAGACUGUGGCCGCCAUCAUGGACAUCAAGUUCCAGAACAUUGUGGUAGAGAUCCUCAUCGAGAACCACGAGAGGAUAUUCAAGGAUAUGCCAGUUCCGGGAGGUGGCCCGGCCAACCUACAGCUCAACCUGCAGCCUCGGAGGAAAAGCGCAGAGAGCAAAGCCCCUUCCUGCAGCGAGAGACCCCUCACCCUCUUCCACACACCCCCACACACCCAGAAAGUGGAGAAGAGGAACAGCGUGGUAGUGAACUCUACUCCAGAGCCCCAGCAGCUUCAGCCGGCCCAGGCCAAUGCCCCCCACAACAACCCAUCAGCCACCCGCUCUUCCUCCACAGCAGCGGUCAACCAUAACAGCAGCGGCAGCCACGGCCACAGCUGGACCCAACGCAACAGCCUGACUAGCACUGACGGAGAUCAGGAUGGGGGCCUGAUGGCCAGGCAGAACUCACAGAGCCGCCCUAACUCACUGCUGAACCCAAAGAGCCGCACCAGUAUCCCAAUGAGCCCAGCCUCACCGCGCUCCCCCUCCUGGCCGAUGUUCUCUGCAUCCUCCAGCCCCCAGCCGGCCUCCUCCACCUCCAGUGACUCCUCCCCCAUCAGUGGGCCAGGCAGGAAGGCUAGGGCCCUCUACGCCUGCAAGGCAGAGCACAUCUCUGAGCUCUCAUUCAUCGCAGGGACCAUCUUUGAAAAUGUUCAUCCCUCGAGGGAGCCUGGCUGGCUGGAAGGCAUCCUAGACGGCAGGAAGGGCCUGAUUCCAGAGAACUACGUGGAGUUUCUGUAGCCCUGGACCAGGACUGUACUGGACUGGGGAGACCACGCAGUUGCACUGUGCCCCUACAACUUAUUGGAAGAGUCUGGAGUACAGAGCGCUUCCUGCUGUGCAUGGUCAUGAAUCUGGAAUUCAGCAGCAGACUGAUGUGUGUGUGUGUGUGCGUGCAUGCAUUGAGUUGUUGCGACGAAGGCUCAUUCCCAUAUUCAGACAGUCCUUGUGUCAUUAAAAUGCACUACCACUUCUUUUAGCGUCUUCUAUUAUCAGUUGGGAGGGACUUCAGAAGACGUUUUAGUUUUGGGAUACGAAAAGGGGAAAAGUUCACUCUGCAGCCCUACUUCUCUUCCAGUGUACAGUACGGUCUGUAGGAAUGAAGAUGAUUGUAUAGGGAGCUUUCAUCUCUAAAUGAUGGGGGGUGUUUUUCAUUGAACACUGCUAUAAAUGUGAGCACUUGAUGCCUUGCCCGGUAUUCCCCUAGACAAGACAGAACACAACUGCUGUUUACCUACCUGCACAUUAUAGAGGUGGGAGCAUCCUGAAUGUCUUUACUCCCUGUUCGACAGAUUUUGUAAUAGCUCUUUUUUUUGUUGCUCAAAACUACUAGGUGAAAUUGUCUCGAUAAACCUGGAAAGGAAGUUAACCGAACUGUUUUCAUUUAGGACAAUAACAAUUUUUUUGUAUUUUUUUUCUUCCAUUUCUUAACAUGUAUAUAAAUGGGGAGUGUUAUGUGAAACUAGACUACUUUGUUCAUAUGUAAGCCUCGUAUUUAUAAUAAUUUUCAAAGAUGAGAUCCCGAACUGUAUUCUUUUGGGGUGUAAUAACAUUUGUAAAUACAUGACAUUUGAUAAGAUCAAAUUUUUUAACUAGCAAAUUUUAUAUUUUGUAUUGUAGCAUACUAAGUUAAUUUUAGCAUCUCAGUUGCUAAAUUUGUCGUCAUUUGGUUCAUGGCCAUUGGGAGCCUUAAUAUUCUUUGAUCAAAUAAAUCAUGAACAAGGUUGUACAGAAUUUCAUCUAUUAAAGAUAAACAAACUGGCA